AUGACACCUAAGGAGGGGAUACAAAAAAUAGUCAGCCAUAAAUAUAAUCAUUUUCAAUAUUUCUCCCGUUCAACUGAGCCGCCAGAAAUUAUUCGACGUCACCAUCGAAACCUACCAGGCCGCGCUGUGCAGAUCGGUCGUAUCCGUGACGGUGACCACUACGAUCGCUUCAGAGAAAUCGUCGCCGAAGUAGAAAGAAAAAGGCACAAGAAAUGUAAAGAGAAGCAUCUGUAUUGGAUAAGUCAAAUCAUCUCCAAAUGCUGCAGAAACAUGGGUCGCGAUGGUAAACCCGAUCCUAUAAUCGAAUGGCCGAAAAGCUCCGCUUUACUCGAAGAAUAUUUGUUCCUCCGCAAAACAUUUCCCGAUGCAGCGGAUUUCCCAUACCGAAAAAUGGGACCCGAACACCCUUCGAAGAUAGGGAAAAUGGUGAAGGGCGGACGUAAAGUUAAAAAUUUUACCAAAAAUGUGCUAAUCAAAUAUACUGAUUAUACACCGGAAGAUGACAAAAAUGGGCAAAAAGGUCCGUUUGACCACGAUGAAAAUAUCAUUCAACCCGAGCUCAUGACACUCCACAACGACGCAUCUAGAAAAGCAAAAGCUGCCGAAGAAGCUGCCAAAAAGGCAGCCGAGGAAUCAGACAAGAAACUGGAAAGACUACUAAACCGCAACCGAUAUAAAUCCGAACGAGACGAGAAGAAGCAUCGUAUCAAAGACAAGAAUCCCGAGAAUCCUUACGCACCAGAAAGAAAAGAAGACGAAGAAAGCAUUGUGACCGAUAGCGAUUUUGUGUGUAACUAUCGAGAGAGAAAUGAAGCAGAUAAUGAUCCACCUCCUGUGAAAAAGCCAAGGGUUCAUCAUCGUCAUCGCGAAUAUGUGCAAGAUGGUCAUGGAAGUGUGGCCUCCUAUCACUCGGAUUCGGAUACCGACUCAAGUACAAGCUCUAUGUAUGCACCAUCUGUGAGAAGAAUCUAUGACAAGAGAAGCGGACAUCAUGGGAGUCAUCGGAGUCAUGGACAUGAACAUCGUUAUCGUCCGGUUUAUUAUGAUAGCAAGGCUAGUAGCGAUACGGGAAGACCGUCCAGCAUUUAUAGCUACCCUCCGCCGCAUCAUGGGGGCUUUAGGUACUAG